CCCGGCGGGGCAGCGCGGGCAGCGGCACCGGUGGCAGCACGGGUGGUACCGGCAUGUCCUGAGCGGCGGCGGCGGCCGAUCCGGGCCGGAGCCAGCACGGAGGGCUCGGUGGAGCAGCGGGCCAAGGGCCGGGCCCCCAUGAAGGAGAAGGAGGCGGGCGCGGAGCGGGGCAAGCCCGCCACUUACACCGGGGACAAGAAGGCGCGCAUGGCGGCCAAGACCAACAAGAAGUGGGUGCGCCUGGCCACCGUGCUGGCCUACGUGCUCUCCGUCUCGCUGGCCGCCAUCGUGCUCGCCGUCUACUACAGCCUCAUCUGGCAGCCGGUGCGCGGCAGCGGCGGCUCCUCCAGCCCCGGCCCCGGCGCCGCCGCCACCCCUGCGCAGCUCCGCGCCGCGCCCGCCGGACCUACGGCGGGGCCUCCGCCCGCGCCGCCGCGCACCGGCCCCGGCCCCGCCGCCACCGCCCCGCCGGCCGCGUCCCCCUCGCCCGCGGCCGGGAGCGGGCCGGGCGCCGGCAGCCCCUGA